AUGUCAGUAAUACAAGAUGUUCACAAUGUUGAAUGGAAAUUGGGUCGUUCGGAUGAUAAUUCAGAAUUUGGCUCGCAUACAUCUGUCAAGACUUUAUCAAAUUUUAAAGUACGAUUUUCUUCACCUGAAGAUUUUGUACGUAAAUCAGGCGGUGUACGAAUCAUUGAAAAGAUUCUUAUUGCAAACAAUGGUAUUGCAGCAGUCAAAUGUAUGCGUUCUUUAAGAAAAUGGUCAUAUGCUACAUUUGGCAGUUCCGAUGUUUUACGUUUUAUAUGUAUGGCAACACCGGAAGAUAUACAAGCAAAUGCAGAAUACAUUAAAAUGGCAAAUAAAAUGGUUUUAGUACCAGGUGGUUCCAAUGUAAAUAAUUAUGCUAAUGUGGAAUUAAUUCUACAAACUGCUGUCACUAAUGAAGUUGAUGCUGUAUGGGCUGGCUGGGGUCAUGCUUCGGAAAAUCCUCAGUUGCCUGAUGUGCUUAGUAAGCACAAUAUCGCAUUUCUUGGUCCUUCACAUCAAGCUAUGUGGACACUUGGUGAUAAGGUUGCAUCUACAAUACUUGCACAAAGUGCUCAUGUACCUACUCUUCCUUGGAGUGGUUCUGAUUUAACUUUACCACUUGAUCAAUUUGUCAAUAAUAAUGGUCAUCAUGAACCUGAAACAAUUGAUAAUUUAACAUUAAAUCUGGUACAAUCUCCUACUGGUCUACUACAACAAAGAUCAUCAUUUUUAUAUUCACGUCUAAUCUCUGAUGAAUUAUAUCAUUCUGGUUGUGUCACAGAUGUAUCAAGCUGUUUGAAACAUGCUGAGAGAAUUGGUUAUCCUGUGAUGAUUAAAGCUUCUGCUGGUGGCGGAGGCAAAGGAAUUAGAAAGGCAUUAACUAGUGCCGAUAUUGAACGUGUCUUUCCUCAAGUACAAGCGGAAGUACCUGGUUCACCUAUUUUCGUUAUGAAAUGUGCAACAUCUGUACGUCAUUUAGAAGUACAAAUACUUUGUGAUAUCUAUGGUCAAGCAAUUAGUUUAUUCGGUCGUGAUUGUUCCGUUCAACGUAGACAUCAGAAAAUUAUUGAAGAAGCACCGAUUGUUGUUGCACCAAAAGAAAUUAUUGAGAAAAUGGAACAAGCUGCUGUACGUCUUUCUAAAUUAGUUGGUUACGUGAGCGCUGGAACUGUGGAAUAUCUAUACAAUCCAGAUUCAAAUGAAUUUUAUUUCUUAGAAUUAAAUCCAAGACUUCAAGUUGAACAUCCAUGUACAGAAGUAGUUGCUGAAGUGAAUUUACCAGCUUGUCAAUUACAAAUUGCUAUGGGUAUUCCAUUACAUCGUAUUAAAGAUAUACGUGAACUUUAUCUUGUUCCUCCAUGGAUUGAUUCAUGUAUAAUGUUUGAUGAUCCAACUGUAAUUCGUCGUCCACCUAGUUGUUAUGUCAUUGCUGCUCGUAUUACAAGUGAAGAUCCGGAUGAAGGUUUUAAACCAUGUCCUGGUGGUGUAAGAGAAUUAAAUUUCCGAAGUAAUCAAUCUGUUUGGGGAUAUUUCAGUGUUAGCAGUGCUGGUGGAAUACAUGAAUUCGCCUCAUUCACAAUUUGGUCAUAUAUUCUCAGCUAG